AUGGGUCAGGGGGAGUGGGACGCCGACACGGAGGCGGACGCCCCGCGCGCGCAGCUGCUGCUUGCGAUGAUCGCCCGGCGCAUCAGCCUCGUGUCGUACACCGCCGCGUGGGAGGGGCUGCGCGGCAUGGCCAGCUACGGCCCGGCGCCGCCCCUCGACGGCGCCAAGGGCGAGGAGGCGUUGCGAGGGAUCGGGCGAGGCGCCGACCCGAGCGGUGUGGGGCCGCCACCCGCUGGUUCGCCGACGGGGGGCUUGCUGCCGUGGCAGCAUGCCCGCCACGUCGCGGGCGGCGCCGCAGCGGUGCCCGACGCCGCGCUGGAGCCGGCUGCCGCCGAAGAGCUGGGGCGGCUGCGUCUGCAGAUGAAGCUGCGCGAGGCUCACUCCGAGGGCGUCGAGAAGUUGCGCGAGCGCGUCGAGGCGCUAGAGGCGUCCGCCGCCGAGAGCGAGGCCGCCCCCGGGGCUGCGCCUCUGGGCAAUGAGGAGCCGGCGGAGAGCAGUGCAGACGCGAGGAGCAAGGCGGAUGCCGCCUCGGCCGCCGCGGAGGAGAGGCGGGUGGCGUUGGACGAGCUGACGGAGGAGCACGAGGAGCUCCUCAUCUGCCUCGCGGAACAGGACGCACUAGCGCAGGCGCUGCGGUCGCAGCUCGCCACGGAGCGAGGCGCGCCGCUGCCAGCCACCCCCGCGACAGCAGCGCUCGAGGCCAGCACACCGGAGGCGCUCUUCGACGCCUUCACACAAUCUAACCGCGUCUGCCGCACGGACGAAAAGAACAAGGGCAACUUUGACGAGCUUUGGGGUAUCGAGCGGGGCACAUGGGGUGCCACGACAGUGUGUCUCUACACCCUCGGCUGCACCGGGUUCGAGUACGCCGUCGAAGGCAAGGCGUCCCGCUGCAAGCUCUUCAAGGCCCCCAUCCUCUCGACGCUGCCCGUCGGCGGCGCGAGCUGCUACAAGAAGGCGUCCAAGACGGAGCUCGGGCCGCACAAAAAGCGGCUCUAG